AUGUUUUCUCCUCAAUUAAUUAUUUCUGUUUUAGCAAAAUUAAUGCAAGAUAUUCUAAUAGAUGAUAAAAUUGAAUUAACUUAUUCUUUUUGUGAUUCUUUAUGUAUUAUUUAUUUAUUCUUUCCAAAUAUUAAAGAAAAUCAAAUUCAACCAAAAAUUAUUAAUUAUCAUGAUAUUAUUAUUUCUUUAUUUUCUACUUGUUUUUGUUCUUUACAAUUUCCAAUUGGUAAUUAUUCUCAACAAAAAAUACUUGAAUAUAUUAAUCGUUUUAUUUAUUAUUCUUCUUUUAUAAGAAAGAAUAUCUACUUAGAUGGUUCUAUUAUCAAUAAAUCUUAUUUUAUAUCUUUUUCUGAAGAUAAUAAUUCAUUAGAAUGGAAAACAGAAGAUAUAACAAUUACUUUAUUAUUCUCUAAACAAUCUAAACCAUUAAAUUGGAUUUUUAUCAAUAAAGGUUGGUAUUAUGAAGUAUCAAAAUCUAUUUUUUCAUUAUUUCCUUUUUUCCAUUAUCACAUGUAUUUUAAAGAUAAUUGUCUCUUGUCUGAUUUCACAAUUCAUUCAAUAAAUACAAUUGUGUUUACAUCAAAGAAAAUUGAUUUAUUUGAGAAUGUUUAUGACUCUGAAAAUUUAAUUGAUACUAACAAAAAUUUAUUCUUAUCAAAGGAAUCAACAAUGUUAUUUCAUUAUAUUUUACAAAAAUUCACAAUUAAUGAAAUUUCUUCAAUUUGUAACACCAAUGAAUCUAGAGAAGAGAUGAAGUUAUGUGAAUUGUUUGGAGAUUGUAUUGAAGAAUUAAAUGAAUAUAACCCAAUUAGUAGAGAUUUAGUAGAGAAUUGUUUCAUAACUCCAGAACUUCUUCACUCUCAAAUUGUUCAAAAUAUUGCAUUUUGUGGAAUGACAACAAGAAUUGAUGCACCUUCUCUUCUUGAAAGAGAUAAUACUGUUAAUAAAGAGAUUUAA